CGGGAGCGCGCCGCACGGGAGGCCGCCCCAUUGCGGAACGCGGCGGGGAAGGGAGGGCAGGCUGGAGCCGGCGCCCCGGGCCGGAAGCGCGCGGGUCGCGCUGAGGCGGCCGCGGACAUGUGCAAGAUGUCUUUCAAGAAGGAAACUCCACUUGCCAAUGCCGCAUUCUGGGCAGCGAGGAGAGGAAACCUGGCUCUGCUCAGGCUGUUGCUGAACAGCGGUCGAGUGGAUGUGGACUGCAGGGACAGUCAUGGCACCACGCUGCUCAUGGUGGCCUCCUAUGCCGGCCACAUAGACUGCGUGAGGGAACUGGUUCUACAAGGAGCAGACAUCAAUCUCCAGAGAGAGUCAGGUACAACUGCCCUGUUCUUUGCUGCCCAGCAAGGACAUAAUGAUGUCGUGAGAUUUCUCUUUGAAUUUGGAGCAUCCACUGAAUUUAGGACCAAAGAUGGGGGCACUGCCCUGCUGGCCGCCAGUCAGUAUGGGCACAUGCAGGUGGUUGAGACCCUGCUGAAGCACGGAGCCAAUAUCCACGACCAACUUUACGAUGGAGCCACGGCCCUCUUCCUAGCCGCCCAGGGUGGGUACUUGGAUGUUAUUCGAUUACUGUUGUCUUCAGGAGCCAAAGUCAACCAGCCAAGGCAGGACGGGACGGCGCCGCUGUGGAUCGCAUCGCAGAUGGGCCACAGCGAGGUGGUGAGGGUGAUGCUGCUGCGCGGAGCCGACCGGGACGCCGCCCGCAACGAUGGUACGACAGCUUUGCUAAAAGCAGCCAACAAAGGGUAUAACGAUGUUAUAAAGGAGUUGCUAAAAUUCUCACCCACCCUUGGCAUUCUGAAGAAUGGGACCUCGGCCCUCCACGCGGCGGUGCUCAGCGGAAAUAUUAAAACAGUCGCACUACUUCUGGAAGCCGGGGCUGACCCAGCCCUGAGAAACAAGGCCAAUGAACUUCCAGCAGAACUAACCAAAAACGAACGUAUCCUGCGUCUCCUCCGAAGUAAAGAAGGACACAGGAAGAGCUAACGUAGUUCCAUAUUUGACUGAAAGAUAGAAACCCUACUCACUUUGUUCAAAAAGAAGUUGCUUUUCAAAUAGUAUUGGAAAUUCCAUUUAGAAAGGAAAUGCUCAGAAUGCCGCCCUGGGUCCCUGACCAAGGAGAGUGGAGCUCUGUGCCCUGAGCCAAGAACAGAAAGGCUCAGGGACCCCUGGCUGUCACUUACAACGGCCUGCGACCCCACCGCUGUGGGGCCUGGCAGGUUCCAGAGAAACUUGUUUUAUACUCCACUAAGUUGGGUCUCUCAGUUACUCUCUAAGACUUAAACCCUUGAGGGGUUUAAGCAAGAUGGCAAAGCCUUUAAAAUACUGGAAGUCAGAUCUUCGGUGAAUCAAAGCACUUUCAUUUUUACAUUAAAUGUCAGUGUACUAAAAGAUACAGCUCCCUCAUGUUUUUCAUAUACAGGUAUGUCGUUCUGGUGUAGCAUGUUUUCUGGUAUCCAAAGGUCGUAGCCACAUUUAUUCUGAAUCAGCGAAGUGUAAAUUUACAUUAAAAAGCCACUUCUGACAUUCCACCGUGUGAUUUUUCAAAGGCAGACUGUUGAACUAUCAAAAAGACAAAUUGGUUGUUUGCGAGUUGAUCUACAUCUUAUUCCAAACAUGUAAAAAAUCAUUUUUACCUCGAAUCAGUAUUGUAGGUAAGGCGGAUACAAGCGGCAAUUUUGGAAACUCAGAAAAUUAUAAGCCAUGGGAAAUUGAGGCUUGUCUCUUUGAGCUUUUAUUUUGGUUCUGUUGUUGGGAAUCCGCCUUCCCUGCCAUAACUCUGUAGACUUAAUAGACUGUGCAAUCCGGAACUUCCAGCGCCACACUGCUUGACACAGUGACUUCAAGGUCCUUGGAUACAAUGCGGUAUGCGCAAGCACAAUGUGUUGCCGUUACAUUGCAGGAGUAUAAGUAAUAAAAGGCUGUUAUUAGGGUUACUAGGUGUUCAUCUAUGCAUGUCCUUGAGCUGACGGAUUCCAAGAAAGAGACCUGAGUUUUACUGAAUUAUUCCUUGGAGGGGAAUCAAAAUUUAUGUUCAGUGCACUUUAUAAUCAAUGGUGUCUAAAUGCCCCAGUCAGUGCCUAAUUGCACAUGCAAAAAUUAAACUGUUCUUCCAUAAUAAACCAUCUUUACCAUAAUAUACACAUGGUAUUUCUGUUAUUUAAAUACAUCUUUAGUUUUCAUUUUCUGUUUUGGUUUCCAUGUUAAGAUGGAAGGAAAUGUAAUCCCCCAAUUUUUUUUUAACCUACUUGCAGUGGUACUAAAAGCAUUAUCUUUAAGCCAAUAAAUGAUCAAAUACAAUGUUUGAAAUUGUAAGAUAUUCUCUUCAGGUUUGUUAUGAUUGAUAAAAUAACCAGUCAACAGAAAUAAGCUUAUUUUAAUCAAUAUCACAAACAAAGGCAGAAAUGAGCAGCCCACAGAGUUUCCAGGAAUGCCUGGAGCCUGACCAGCUAUACAACAAGUCAGCAGUAUAAUUUUGAGAUAAAAAUUCACAAAGAUCUGUCGGUAUUGCUACAACACCCAGAUGUAAACCCUUUAGUAACUAUAAAGCAGUGCCAGUUGCCACCCUGACGUUCUUUUACUUAGCAAAGUAGUACAAAUAAACACUUUCCCCCAUGGGAAUUUCACAAAACUAUGAUCAUUUUGAAGAGGAAAAUAGUGUGCCCUUAAAUGCUUUAUAUAUUUCCCCUUCUGUUAGCCCUGAGGCCAAAACUGGUAGCUGAUCACUGAUAUAAAUCGAAACAGUAUUAUGGGUACUGAUAACAAAGUUCCAAAAGAAAUAAUGUGGUGAAAUCACAAACUUCAUGUUUUCACAAAGAUAUGUGUUAGGUUGUUUUAAGUGGAUAAUGUUCUUGAUCAAUAUUAGAGCCAUAAGAAUGAGUCCAGUAGCUUUAACAAUAUUUAAUGGAGGCCUUCUUACUAUAGGUAAGAGGCCUCUAGCUUAGAAGGAUCAGCUUUGGUCUGGAUGAGAUUAUGACCUUAUCCGUAACACAGAAGGUGAUUGUAUUAGCCAGGCACCGAAAGCUAAACAAAAGUCUGUUAUUUGAAAUAAAAUUGCAUUUAUUUUGCACACAGGUAGAUGGUUCUUUUUUUGGGAUGAUGACUCUUAUUUUAUGUUCAUCUAAUUCAUAAUUCAAUGAGCUCUGCAUUCCUAAGACAGAACUAGCAAUUCCUAUGCAAAUCGUUUGUUAAUUGAACCACAGAAGUGUUCAUUACCUCCAUUUGUUUGAUGACAUAUUCUACGUUGUAAUUCAAAAUAAACUUAAUGUGCUACCCAACUUA